AUCAUUGUAGGUUCAGCUCACUUCUUCAUACACAUCUGCACCAAUAAACAUAAAAUUUAACGAUUACCACAAUGAAUCAAAGGCUAAAAGAUGCUGCUGAACAAGGAGACCUCGAUUCCUUCUAUGCAUUAAUUGGUGAGGACCCUUAUCUUCUGAAGAACAUGGAAGAGAUCCCAUUUUCUGAUACUCCGCUCCACAUUGCAGCUUCCGUAGGCAACACUCGCUUUGCCUUGGAAAUCAUGAGGCUAAUGCCAUCAUUUUCUCGGAAACCAAACAGAGAUGGGUAUUGUCCCCUGCACCUUGCUCUGCAGAAUAAGCAUACCCAGAUGACCCUGCGCUUUGUACAGGUCGAUCCGAGCCUUGUCCGGGUUAAAGGAAGAGAGGGCUUAACCCCAUUGCACUGGGCAGCAGGAGAAGGCUGCGUAGAUAUUCUAACACAGUUUCUGUCAGCUUGCCCAGAGUCUUUGGAAGAUUUGACAGUCCAGAGUGAGACUGCUCUGCAUGUUGCCCUCAAGAAUGGGAAGGUUGAAGCUUUUAAGAUUUUAGUGGGAUGGCUGCAACUGGGUUUCCAUGUACAAGGGGAGGUGCUCGACAUGAAGGAAAAGGUGUUGAAUUGGAAGGAUGAUGAAGGAAACACAUUGCUGCAUAUUGCUGCUUCCUCUGGCCAGCUUGAGGUAAUGAAAUUGUUAAUUGAGCAUGAGGUUGACACAAAAGCACAGAACUUCGCGGGUUCUACAAGUUUACAGAUCUUACAAUCUCAAAUGCCAUUAUCAAAUAAUCAAGAAAUUACCAUUGAUGUAUUACAUUCUGUGGGAGCAUCAAAGUCAACACUAAUGCUUCCGCCAAGUAUUAUUACUAUUGUUAAAAAUCAUUUAAUAUCAAAGGAGAUUUCACUUUUUGAGCAACUACUCUCCUUUAUAAAGGAAAAAAUACAGGAAAAGCCGUGAAGCCAUGGCGGUCGUUGCUGUAUUGAUUGUCACCACAACCUACCAAGCAGGGCUAAACCCUCCCGGUGGAGUAUGGCAAGACGACUAUAUUCCAAACAUCACAUCCACCAAAUCCACAAGACCGGCCCACCAAGCGGGGACAGCCAUAAUGGGGAAAUACUAUUACCUUCUAUUCCAACUCUUUAACACGACGACAUUUUUGGCAUCCAUGGGAUUGGUCUUCAUUAGUUGCCCAAUGGGGCCUUAUGUGCUCCUUCUAGAGUAUUCCCUCGUUGCAAGCUAUAUGCUCUCGGUGGCCUUCAUUUCUCCCCAUUCCUUUGAGUGCAAUUUGCUACUCUUUAUUUUGGUAGUCAUAAGCUUUGUUUUGGCUUGGUACGCGACCCUCCUCACAAGGCUACACAAAAGUUUGCACUACUAUGUUCAAGUAGUCCUGCCAGGUUCUAUAGAAAAAUGGCGGCAUCAACAGUACUCUACCCUGCAUGAGAUGAGAGGCAAACGACUUUUUUACUUGCCCGUGAUUAUGAUAAUUAUAAUGAUCAUUAUUGCCAUUGUGAUUAUUGCGAUUGUGUCUUUGUUCUUUCCUAAUUUAGGAAAUCGCAUGUUAGGGGGACGUGUGCCCGACAAGACUUGAUAAAGAGAGAACUUUUUU